AUGGUGAAGGUCGGAGUGAACGGUUUUGGCCGUAUUGGGCGCCUGGUCACCAGAGUUGCCAUUAACUCUGGCAAAGUGGAAAUCGUGGCCAUCAAUGACCCCUUCCUUGACCUCAACUACAUGGCCUACUUGUUCCAGUUUGAUUCCACCCAUGGCAAGUUCAAGGGCACGGUGAAGGCAGAGGAGGGGAAGCUCAUCAUCAAUGGAAAACCCAUCUUCAGCUUCCAGGAGCGAGAUGCCGCCAACAUCAAAUGGGGUGAGGUGGGUGCUGAGUACAUAGUGGAGUCUACGGGGGUCUUCACCACCUUGGAGAAGGCUGGUGCUCACCUGAAAGGUGGAGCCAAAAGAGUCAUCAUCACUGCCCCUUCCGCUGAUGCCCCCAUGUUUGUGAUGGGCGUCAACCAUGAGAAGUAUGACAACUCUCUGCAGAUUGUCAGCAAUGCCUCCUGCACCACCAACUGCUUGGCCCCCUUGGCCAAGGUCAUCCAUGACAACUUUGGCAUCGUGGAGGGGCUCAUGACCACAGUCCAUGCGGUCACUGCCACCCAGAAGACCGUGGAUGGCCCCUCUGGAAAGCAAUGGCGUGAUGGCCGAGGGGCGUCUCAGAACAUCAUUCCUGCUGCCACCGGGGCAGCCAAGGCUGUGGGCCACGUCAUCCCGGAGCUGAAAGGGAAGCUGACCGGCAUGGCAUUCCGUGUCCCUGUUCCCAACGUGUCGGUUGUGGAUCUGACCUGCCGCCUGGAGAAAGCUGCUACAUAUGAGGAUAUCAAGAAGGUCAUCAAGAAUGCUGCCAGGGGGCCCCUCAAAGGCAUCCUGGGCUACACCAAUGAACAGGUUGUCUCUUCUGACUUUAAUGGCAACACCAACUCUUCCACUUUCGAUGCUGAAGCUGGGAUUUCCCUCAAUGAUCACUUUGUCAAGCUCAUUUCCUGGUACGACAACGAGUAUGGCUAUAGCAGCAGGGUCGUGGACUUAAUGGUCUACAUGGCCUCCAAGGAGUAA